UCCACCGCCGACUGGGAUCGAAACGGACCGAUCCAGGCGUUCGGUUUCAGCAAGCCAGCGCUGCCACGUACUAAUGAUGGAUCAAUAAACAAAUCUGUGGUGCCCACAAAAUACUAGUAUUUAACGCCAAAUUGUUGAAAAAAUUGUGAUAUUAAGUAUUCUCAUUUGCAUAUGUGUGAUAUAAACACUAAACUUUUUACCUGUGAACUCGUACAGUGCGCAUUCGAUAAUCACGUCUGUGUGUUUAUGGAUCGUUCAACCCCACUCUCCUAGCACAAGUUCCGCUGGUUGUUCUUCUGGCGUCCAUAUUUGUGCAUCUCUGGCUGGCCAGACUGAGAUAUGGAGCACUAGUUGAGAUGCGCGCCCCUCCCCCCUCCGAGCCGAAAUCUACUACUACAACUAAUAAUAAUAGUAAUAAUCAAUUUCCUACCUACCAAGUGCCUGAAGAGUCAGCCAUGAGGGGCGGCGCUUCACCAUCACCACCCCCAGUACAAGUGAAUGGGUGGGAUAGGGGGGCCAGAGCCGACCUCCCUCUACCUACCCCAAGACGCCUUCCUUCUACCUCCCUCGUGUGCACACAACGAGAUGGACAAGGAGGCGAUCAGUCUGUGAUAAACGGCUCAAGUUGCCCUGCCACCCAGGUGGGCAACUCUAACGUUAGGAUGACGAUGCAAUCUGUGACCGAAAACAAUUGUCUUCUGAACUCUGUUACCGUACCAAAAAUACAACGUAUAACUGAUGAUGUAGCCCACAAUAAUUAUAAUAACAGUAGCUGUAAGUUAGGUAGUAGUAAGUUUGGUGCUUUACCUCCCGGACGAGACAUUCCCAACCAAAAGGCUGAUGACUUCUAUGAACUGCAGCAUGAUGUGUUCGACGAUGGCGACGAUAACCUCAAUGCACUGAAACUAACUGGCGCCAUUUCCACAAUGAUGACCACGACUAAAGACAAGGAUGAAAUCAAAACCUUAAAAAAUGACAACAACGAGGAAGAUUUGACCAAAGCGAUGAAAACGACUACAAAGACGCGCACAAUCGAAGGGGACUGCGUCCCCGUGCCCCCACUAAGGCUGAGAGGCGGCGGCGAGAGCAGCCUCAGCACUGGUACAUCAGGAUGGGGUACGCCUCCCUCUCAACAGGCCAAUAAUAACAAUGCAAAUAACAGUAGCGGCUGGGGCACCGCUAAUCCUGCCAAUCCGAACAACACCGGUACUCACCAGUGGAAUAACAAUGCUAAUCGACCACCGACAUCAAACCAAAACCAAGCACAAGAUGGCAAUAAAACGGCUUCCACGAACCAGCAACAACCGGCCACAUCCCAGUCGAACAACAAUCUCGGCUGGGGCCAACCCCCCAAUGCCAAACCGGGCGGCAACUUGCAGGGCAACUCUAUACAGGGCGGUAACAACCCACAGGGUGGCAAUGCUCCCGGUAACAACCCGGGGGCGGUCAACACCGGCCCCCCAGGCAACAAUCCGGCCAACGGGGCCAAUAACAACGGACCUCCGGCGGUCAACAAUACCAAGCAACAGUUGGAGCAGCUGAAUAGCAUGAGAGAAGCAAUAUUUAGUCAGGACGGGUGGGGAGCGCAGCAUGUAAACCAAGACACUGCCUGGGACAUCCCCUCGAGCCCCGAGCCCCAGAUGAAAAUGGAUGGUACUGGUGGAGGACCGCCUCCAUGGAAACCGACCGUGAACAAUGGGACCGAGCUGUGGGAGGCGAACCUGCGCAACGGGGGCCAACCACCGCCACAACCGCAGCAGAAGACGCCUUGGGGACAUACACCAUCUACCAAUAUCGGAGGUACCUGGGGUGAAGAUGACGAUGCUGAUAGCUCCAACGUCUGGACUGGAGUUCCUAACAAUCAACAACCAUGGGGUGCUGGAGCCAAUGCUAACAAUGGACCGUCUAUGUGGGGUGGUGCAGGCAGCAACAACGGUAACGCCGGCAACGCUGCUGGUGGUGGCGGAGGCAGCGGCUGGGGAGAUCCGCGAUCUGCCGACCCUAGGGGCCCUGGAGGCCCUAACGCAGGGGGCGGCGGCCCUAACAACGACCCCAGGGACGUACGAACCGAACUCGGCAAAGCGAUCACCGCCGCUGCUAUGGCAGCCGCAUUCGGCACCGACAUGCGCGGUCUGUUGGAUCCCAGGGAGCACGUCAGGCAGAUGCAGCAGCAAGGCGGCGAUAUGAGAGGAGAUCCCAGAGGCAUAACCGGUCGCUUGAACGGCGCCGGUGCAGAGGCAUUCUGGGGCGGCGCGGCUCCUCACGCCGCAGCUGCAGCAGCAGCCCAACCUAUGCACCAUCACGGCGGCAAAGUGGGCGGACCAGGAGCACCUGGAGGUGGAGCUGGCAGCGGAUGGGAGGAGCCAUCGCCCCCAGCACAGAGACGUAAUGUGCCCAAUUAUGAUGACGGGACAUCGCUAUGGGGCAACCCGCAGCAGGGUUGUUCCCACUGGAAGGACCUUCCCAGCGGUGCCGGCGGCAUGGGCCGACCUGGCAACGUAGCGGCAGCAGCAGCUGCAGCGGCUGCGGCAGUUGCAGGCGGUGUUCCCCCAGGAAUGGCGCAGUCACGCCUGAAACCAGACGGCAGCUCAGUGUGGGGCGCCGGCAGUCGCGCGGGAGGCGGAGGAUGGGGCGAUGACAUGGGCCCAGGUGGAGGCGGUGGACCAGGUGGAUGGGAUGACCCAACUGCGGCUGCAGCUGGAGGCUGGCCACCAAAGCAAAAAAUGGUUGGAGCAGGUGGUGCAGGUUGGGGUUCCGGUGGUGGGGACGCAGACGUAGAUUGGGGACACAAGCCACCCACUAAGCCUCAGCUCACCAAGGAAAUGGUGUGGAAUUCUAGGCAAUUCAAGAUGUUAGUCGACAUGGGACACAAGAAAGAAGACGUGGAGAACGCUCUGCGCAUCCGCGACAUGAACUUAGAAGAAGCAUUGGAUCUCUUGAGCCCGAUGCGCAACUCAAGAGACGGAGGAUGGAGCCGAGGACACAUUGACGAUCAUUACGAUCAUCCUCCGUUCGCGCCUGGGCAGAGGUUCCCAGCUGGGCCUGGAGGACAGCUGUCAGGAUACCCGCCGGGUGCCUUCCCAUCGGGUAACGCCCCCAACAUCCUGAACAACAUGAACAGCUCCACGGGUGCAGCGAACAAUUCGCUAAUCAACAAUAUCUCCCCUGCGGUGAUGCAGAAAAUGCUGGCUCAGGGCGGAGGCGGCGGUACCGGCGGGGGCGGGUCGCAAGGAUUCGGCGCUGCUUCCGCAGCGGCCGCAGCCGCCGCGGCUGCGGCGGCGGCUGGCAGAAGCAUGCAGCCACAGAUGCAACCGUCCACGCAGCAGCUGAAAAUGCUCGUGCAGCAGAUACAGAUGGCCGUGCAGGCUGGAUAUCUCAAUCAUCAGAUUCUCAAUCAACCACUAGCUCCUCAAACCCUAGUGCUUCUCAAUCAACUAUUACAGCAAAUCAAGACACUGCAACAACUGAUCAAUCAGCAGUCGAUCGCCUCGGCGCAUUCGAUCAAUGGCAAGCCAAACAACGCCUUCAUGCAAUGCUCCGUACUCAUCACAAAGACCAAACAACAGAUUGGAAAUUUACAGAACCAGAUUGCUGCUCAACAAGCGAACUAUGUGAAACAGCAGCAACAUCAGAACAAUAUGGGUGGUGCCUACGACUUCAAAACGAAUACAAUGCACGAUUCAAUCAAUGCACUGCAAAAUAAUUUCGCCGAUCUCGGCAUCAACAAGGACAACCAAGUGAACCAACAACAAUCGAGACUGAAUCAAUGGAUUAACAAAGAUAAAGAGGAUGGCAGCGAUUUUAGCAGAGCUCCGGGUUCUAGCUCUAAGCCAAUGACUACUUCGCCUAAUAUUAAUCCUCUGGGACUGAAUCCUACUGAUGGGUUGAAUUACAGCCCAUGGUCUAGUGGCCGCGCUGGAGGAGACACCGGUUGGCCGGAUUCGGGGGCCGGAGACGCAACUGGCGACGUCAAGGACGCAGCACAGUGGUCCACAGCCACACAACCCUCCCUGACUGAUCUUGUACCUGAAUUUGAACCUGGAAAACCGUGGAAGGGUAAUCAGAUCAAAUCGAUCGAAGACGACCCCAGUAUUACGCCGGGUAGUGUGGUGCGUUCCCCGUUGUCGAUCGCCACGAUCAAAGACAAUGAAUUGUUCAGCAUGAACCCCAGCAAAAGUCCGCCGGCAACCGACGGCAUACAGUCGCUCAGUCUCAGCUCAUCGACGUGGAGUUUCAACCCACCAUCUUCAUCUUCCAGUUCCUUCACCAGCCCACAGGGCGGUAAGCUGCCGACAUCGAAAGGUGGCCUGGUCGACCUGAACCCCUCGACGGCAGUCACCAGCGAGCUGUGGGGCGCUCCGAAAUCGUCUCGCGGCCCCCCGCCCGGUCUGUCCGCCAAAGGAGGUACCGCUUCCCUCGCUAAUGGCUGGACUGCGGCCUCGUUGGGUGGGGCAGUACCAUGGGGCGGCGGCGCAGCUACCGGACAACGGGGUUCCGGCAGCUGGGGCGGAUCCUCACCGUGGUUGUUGCUCAGGAACCUUACUGCACAGAUUGACGGCUCUACUUUGCGUACACUGUGUAUGCAACAUGGACCUCUAUUGUCUUUCCAUCUCUACUUGCAUCAGGGCUUCGCUCUUGCCAAAUACUCAACACGCGAAGAAGCUAUCAAAGCUCAAACCGCACUGAACAAUUGCGUUCUCGGCAACACGACCAUCCUGGCCGAGAACCCCACCGACUGGGAUGCCAGCGCCCUCUUGCAGCAAGUUGCUAGCCAGCAGGGCGCAGGCUCGGGCGCCGGCGGCUGGCGCGGCUCCGGUGCCGCCUCUAACGCAGGGGGUCCCAACAAGCAGUCGGCCCCCGCAGCACCAGUGUCCACGACAGACACCUGGGGCACCGGCUGGCCCAAUAACCCUUCGGCGGCCAGCCUUUGGGCCCCGCCCAUGGACAGCUCUGACGCCCAAAGGGGCACGCCGUCCAGCCUUAAUUCGUUCCUGCCCAACGAUCUACUUGGCGGAGAAUCGAUGUAAGCGAGUCAACAUUUUUCAAAAAAGUGCCGUGAAAGUUGUUUUAGAAACGUUAACGAGGGCAUGCUUGAGUUUAACCCGCAAACGUAUCAUAAAUCACAAUAUUUAUCAUAAGGCUACUCAAAUAAACGAUGAGAUCAUGAAUAUCUACAGGGCAAGUCUAAAACACUUUACUGAAAUGUCUUCACUUUUAAUGAUUGAGUUAUUCUAGAAAAAUUCAACUUUUACUAUGAAAAACUAUGUCCCAAAGCACAAUUUUAUCGAUCAAAAUAAAAAUGUUUGUAAUAUUGUGAUUAUAUUUGACUAAUACCAAAAAUAACGCAGCGCCCAAGCAUGUCGACGUGACCGUUAAAUUUUGAUCGAUCUGCUGUGGAUUUUUUGAAAAAAAUAGGUAUUGUACCAGCAGAAAAGAUUAUAUACGCGUAUUUCCUGUGUAAUUUUUUCAUAAUGUGAAUUGCGAUUUACAUUCUGAUUACAAUCACUAUCAUAUGACAUUAUUUGCGAAUAUAUUUUUGUACAUUUUGUAAUAUUGGCGAUACUUUCAUUCAUAGAACGAAGGUUUUUAAUUGUACGUAAGGGUACGCAAUAUCUUCUUUUUUGCGAAGCUGGUUGAGUCCAGACAGAUCAGAAAAUCGCUUUUAUGGAGUUUAUAGUAUAUUAAUUGGCUAGGAUCAAUUUUGAUGAUAUUUAUUGUAUUAUAGCACAUUUUUUAUUGUUAUUUGUAAAAAGGUGUAUUUCUAUUUUUAAUUUUUACGGUGAUUUAUCUAGUUGUUGUUUUAGAAGCUGAAGUUUUUUUUUUAUUUUCACGCAGACUAGGUCAAACUUACAAAAUAUUCAAAACGGAUUAAUUGGCGGUUUUAAUUUAUUAUAUUAGAAUAUUUUUGUUUCGGGUAGUAUGAUUUUCAUAUAUAUUUUCUUCCCAAUAUUACGGAAACGACCUGAAAAAAAAGAUGGUAUUUUUGUUAUAAGACUUUUAGAUGAUUGAAACACGUAAGGGAUUUCCAGAGACUCGACUUUAAGAGACUGCCAGAAGCGUUUCUUUGUUUUCCAUUUAGUCCCAAAACCAAUAAAAUACUUCUCGUAAAUCGUUCUGCUCACAAAAUACACUUCACGUUCAACCUCAGUCAUGUGCAACUGCAUACAUUUUCAAAAAACUGUUUUGUAAUGUACCUGUGUUUACAACGAACCAUUAAAUGGUUAUCCUGAAGCAGUUACAAGAAAUUGCAUAAUACAUCACAGUAUUUAUAAACAUUCAAACAAAUAUACCCCUCACAUGAAAAGUUCUUGGCAUAACAUUAAGGCAGAGACCAAGUUUUCCAAAAUUGUCAAUCUGACGUUUCCAAAUGUAGUUUUUAUAACUCGAAAUGUUUUAAGUCUGCACUGUUAGAGACUUGUAGCCUUUAUUAGUGAUAUUUAGGUGUUUAAUAAGCAACAUGUGAUCUUUAAACUGCCAGUCGAGAGAUUUUUAACUAGCAUUUUGUGCCAUUUUUAGAUAGACUUUGAAAACCAUCCGCGGACCUAAAUCCAUACAACAAAUUGGAUCAGAUUGCUUUUUUAUUAAAUCCAUUAAACACAUUUAUUAAAAUCUACAGAGCUAAUAUUUAAUUGUAUACACGACUUACCUGACUGGAAGACCCUGCAAACAUUUCAAAUUCUGUUCGAUAGGGAAGUAGAGUUAGAGCAAGGAUAGUUUAUCCAACGUUGGCAACUUAUGCAGUGAAGAUGAUGUGCGGUUUUGCUUGGAGGGUGAAUUUUGUGAGCUUAUCGUAUUGGCGGAUAUUUCAUUCAGUGUAUUUUGGGACGGAUUGAUUUUUACACGCUCAAUUUUGUGAACGCACGUGACAUUAAUCAAGUAACCCAACUAGUCGCAAUCAACAAGGUUAUAUAAAGUAUAUUAUAUAAUAAUAUAUGUAUAUGUGACCACACUCAUUUAUUAGUUCGCUAUUUAAGUACUGUCUAGAUUUGUUCUCUCAUAUUUAGAUAUUUUUCCUAUAUAAUAUAUAUAUAUAUUAACAAUAAUUAGUAUAUUAACGUUGUUUUUAAUGAUUUAACGUCGUACCUAAGUUGUUUUGUAUGUGUUUGGUUUUCUCCCCAGUGUAGUAAAAAAUUCGUCGUUUCAACGCACACAUUCCUGCGACCGGUGUUCAUUUUUUCUGUUGAAAAUUCCUUUUAUGAAGGGAUGUGUGUCGUGGAUAACGCGGCGAUGUUUGUUAACCCCCGCAUAACCUGUGAUCUCUGAUUCCUUAUAUAAUAUAUAUCAUGUAAAAUUACACAUACAAAAAAUAAUAAUUAUCGUAAUAUUGUUAUUUGAAUAAAAAAGCGCGUUCGUCAUGAGAUGCCGCCUGAAAAAAAUAACACCACACAAUCAGUUUUAGACUGCACGCUGUAUGAAGUAUUCUUAAAUAAAUUUAGUAAUAACAAUAUUAAUAUCGUUCUAAUUAUUAAAGUUUAUUAUAUACCUAUAUAUAUAACUGUUUUCUGUGUACUAUAAUAAUGUAUGUUAGCCAUAGAUUCUUUCGAAUAUGUUAUUCUUAGUCCAUAAACUGUGAUUACUGUUCUUACGGGAGGUAGCAGAUGAAAAAUUUUAGCAGAAGAAAGGUUGAAUUCGGAAUAAAAAAUACCCAGUCAGAACGUACAAUCACACGCAGACGCCGUGUUAACGUGGUGUUCAUGAGAUAUCGAUUUUUCUAUAGCUAACAGUGUGAGUGAGAUACGUAUAUCGAAUGGAUUUGAAGCGGCAUGAAUUUCUUUUUUAAUGUGCGGACUACCGCGUAGAACAAGGGCAAAUGGAAAUAUCUAGUUUAGGGUUGUAUCUAGUUCACGAAAGCGGAAACACAAAAUAAUGGUAAUAAGGUCAGACCUUGCUUUCAAACUACACUUUCAGGUUUAUUGAUAUUAGACUGAUAAAGGUACAUUAUUUGACAACAUUGAAUUGUGAUAUCAAACAUAUGGUGCUAGACUUGCAGAUACCACUUGAUGAACAGCAUUUACCAAGUAUCCUGUUUGAUACGGGCAGUUUUAUAUUUACGAAUCUAUAUCAGAUGUUUUGUUUUUCCGCUAAAAUGUGAAUUCUGCCAUGACUGUGAGAUUUUUCUAAUACUUGCGGAAUAAGAUUGGCGGUAACAGUUUGAAAAAGUAUCACUUAAACUGGUGCUUUUUAUCAAAGUAUUUUCUAGUCUCUCGUUUUAAUUCAUAUUUAUUUUUCAUUUCCAUUUGCCUCUUUUUAAGUCUUAAACAAAACUAGUUAAAAAAUAAGACUGAAGAAUAGAGAUCUUAAAAAUUUUAUAAUUAUUAACGACAGUGCAUUUAUAGAGAAUUUUAGCGUGUUGCUUCACAUUAAAUCAGAAAUUCGAUCCACAAAGAUGACAUAUUUACACACAACUACCAACACUUGUAUUUUGAAAAACCGUAAUAAAAUUGUCCGUUCUAAGGAUAUAAAUGAUUUUGGGCUUCUUGAUCACCCAGUGCAGUAUCAUCAACUACUGAUUCAUGGUUAUUUCUAUAAUACAGCAGUGUCAUUUGAUAUGUCUUUGGGGAUUCUUGAGCCGUUCCAAGUUUUAAAGUACACAACUGUGCUGUGACUCUUAAGUGGCUUUUUUUCAAAAUAAGUAGAAAAUGAACAAAAAAAUUCGUGAAAGCUUUGGAGCUUGUAUACAUCUUUCGCGAUUUAUCAAGUUCAUCUCGAGAAACAAUUAUUUUCUUAAAGCGAAUUCAUAUCUAUUUAGUUGAACGUAAGAAUGAUGAGUGAAAACAAUGACAAAUAUCAAACGAAAAUGGAAAAAGCUUCUUCGUAGAACACUUGAUAAAUUGACGAAGGCGUACAUAAACGUGGUGCAAAGUGUGGUAUAGGUUACUUAGGGAGGAAAAGGUCACUUGCUUUAAUUUGGAUAUAUACAUAAAAAUAAAAGACUUUAUUUUAGACCUCUCUAGCAGCCUAACUGUAAGUUCCAAAUAGAACUUCUAAAUCUAGUAUCUAUUGCCAAUUUAAAUCUAGCUUUAGUCCAUAUUGCAUCGUUGUCUAAAAGUAUGGGACUUAUAUACAACCAACAUCAUCAUAUUUUGACAAAAACUCCAAUGUGUUUACUAAUUUGUAAAAAGUUUUCAUAGAGAAUGUGGUGUGUGUAUAUGUUCUGGAGGUAAAAGUUGGUGGUACAUCUUAUUAGUUCUUGGUGUUAGCAGAGUUGCCAUUAGUGAGGCAUUGUAGAUCUUAAAAAUUGGUGCCAAGAUUUAAUGUAAUUCAACGCGUUUUGUUGAUUGUGUCAAGCCUCGAGAACGUCCCUUAACUACACAUCCAAAAUCACCCUCCGCCGUAUGUUUCUAUGAAAAUUUUGAACAAACAGUUCAGCUACGCAUCAAAAUAAUUUGUAUACAAUACAUUUAUGUGCAAAAAGUGUGUUGUAAUUUGUUUUCUCGAUUUUAGUUUUUACUUCUUACAACUUUAAAUAGAACUUCGUUCAGUAUUUAGAUAGUUGAGUGGGAUUCUAUACACCAUAAUUUUAGGCAACUCUGUACAUAUAGAUAUUGAUAUUAAAAAUUAGUAUUUUAAGAGUUUGGUAAUAGGGGUAUAUUGUUUCAUGUUGUGUGUUCUUAUAUAAUGACAACCACUCUGAAUGGGACAUUUAACUCGGUGUAUUGAGUAAAUAGAAACACAAGGGCAUCAUCAUUCACUAUCGAUGAAACUCCCUAAGUGUAAAAUCUUUAGAUGCAGUCUGUGUAUGUAUAUUUGCCAUAAUAAUUGACAUGUUUUGACGGAAGGCAAUGAUUGAGGUAUACGUCAAUCUAAAAUAAAUCCAAGAAUUUAGACUUCUAGAAUAACAAGCACCAAAAGCUAUAGAGAAAUUCUUUUAUUUAAUCGAAUUAUCAUAAGAUAUUUUUGACUAACGAAAAAUAGUUUUAAGUGAAUAUAUAUUUAUCGAGUAGACGAGUAAAACAGUGUAUACAUGCUAGUUUUUUGGCCUGAUCCAUUUGCCACUACUUUGGUAAAUGUUUUUAGGACAUGAUAAAAGCACUGAUGCAUAUUUUUGGACAUGUGUGAAAUAAUCAGGGUAGCUUGAAGCAGAAGUGUGAGCCUGCUGCUUUAACAUUAGGGCAAUGAAAAUACGUACUACCUACAAUUUUCGAAAUAACAAUAUCAAAUGUAUCAUUCCUCCAUAAUUCUAACUUCCCAAGUUGGUCCGUUUUACAUAUAUAAUUUCUAGUACCCUUCGCAUAUCAUUCUUAAAAAAAUUAGCAUAUCAAGUAAAAAUAUCUUAUUUUAAGUGAUGACAAAUAUUGUGGAGUUAGAUUCGUUUUCCUAUCAUUGUAAGAUCAUAUUGUCAAGAAAUUCUAGCUAAAAGAUUCACAAUGUCGCUAUUUCCUUGUUUGUUUCACAUAUAUCCAAACGUGCUCAGGUACACCAGUUGUAUUGAAUAAAAAUCUUGAAGGAUCCAGUACACUGUUGAGUCAUGUGCUUUCAGAGGCUUUAAGAUUUGCUGGUGUGUAACACUAAAGAUUCCUUAAUAGCUUUUGAGUCAAAUUCAUAUAAAGGGCAAUUAAAGUUAUUUUCAUUAUGAAAAUAAAAGCUUUGUUCCUUCAUUCCUGGUGAAUUUGAAUCGGCAACUAAAAUAUGCGUAAUUCCUACGUAGUAUGCUCAUCAGCAAUUGAUGUUUUGCUGAACCUGACCAUUGUGAUUUCACUUAUUUAACUUAUAUACAAGAUAGGACUGUGUGCAUAAAAAAUUAACUGUGGUUGAAACUCUUGAGUCGAAUGAUUCACCAAUGUUGAUUCUUCUGUGUCUGAUAUUAUGUACCUUCUCAGAAAAGUUAGACUUAGUAAUGAAUUAAUAAAAAAAAAAAUCCAAAAAAUACCUAGGUUGAGGCGCUCAGCUUUACAAAAUGUAGUGUUAGCAUUUGCGCAAUAAGUUCAUUCACUGACAAAAAUCCUUUGUAACAAGUGCUAUUCAAAAUAUAGAAAACUUUCGAAAUUGUGACAAAUGUAGCUCUAAAAUAUAACCUUCUCAUGAUUUGACGGUAUGAUUUAGUAUUUAUGCCUUUAUUCAAAAUUACGUACCUCAAAUGUAAUAAAUUGCAUUUCUUUCCAUUUAAACAUUUCGAAAGCUUCUGUAUUUUGCCAGGUACUUCACAUUAACUUGUACAUAUUGUAUUUUCCUGAUGAUACAAUCAAAUGAGGCGAAAUUAGACAACUAAUCAUGACACUGUUAAAGUGCUGAAAAGACCCACAAAAUGUUGCUUAGAGAUACGAGUUCAUCAUAUCCGAUCUCUUCGAAUAUCUCCAAAAUUGAAAUGCUUUGGAAACUUCAUAUCUUGGCGUGCAACAUAUGGAUAUGGUUUUUCUGCCAGGCCUUGGGGUUGUCUUACAUUGAUUGAAGUAUGAAUUAACGAAUAUGAAAAAUUGAUGUGACAAAAAGAUUAGAUCCCAACGUGCGUCUGGGUUUCUAGUCGGCGAGACCACAAAUCUCACCUGUUGUUACUGUGUAUGUGUAAUUAUUGGUCAAAACGCUCGAAAGGAAUACAAGACGUCAUAGGGAUUGCGUUCAAAAAAAUCGCUGUGCGACAAUAUUCACAAAUCAGAUCAAACAACAAAUUCAUUACCUGAUGGAACUUUGCAAUAUUAGCUUCAAUGAAACGUUUCUUUAUGAACGACACUUUUUUAAAAAUGAUAAAGAAAUACGUAAAAAUCUUAACGUGUCGAUACACAAGCCAGUUUGGAAAAUAAGGAAAAUACGACAAAGCGGAGAGAGGGGAAGGUCCUUGAUACAUCUUUGUGUCAAUCUUGGUGGACACUUUUCAGAAUUCACUGUUGACCUCUGUCCUUUAUGACAAACAUCAUGGAAUACUGAAGAAGUCUUGUUUAAGGAUGAACUAAAAAGCCCAUGAAAAGGAGACUGAGCUGAGACAAAAACUAAUAUGUCUUGCAAGUAUCUUAGUAUACAAUGGGAAAUUCAGAGUCGACUAAAAUUGAUACAAUGUCCGUCAGAGCCUCCCCAAAACACUAAAUAAUUAGCAUUUGAUUUAGGUUUACAGUAUUUGUGAUCUAAGUGCCACUUGCGUUUUCAAGUAUAUGUAUAAUCAUUCGCCACUGAACUAUAUAUAUAUAUCGUAUAUAUUACAGAUUAUAUUAUAUAAACUAUACAGUAAAUAGACGGCAUAUCCGCCUUAGACUAGGGUAAUUUUGGUGUUCGGUAGUUGUAAGAUUUACUGAGCUUAAAAAACCGUGGAAUGUAGGCCACUCGCGUUGGGGAAAAACCAAAUUAAUACUAAUUGCCGUAUCUUUCUUCCUUUUCACGCAGUCGCUUAGAUUCAACCAAAUUUUAUAGACAAACUGUCAAUGAAUCUAAAAAUUCGAUUCUUCAUAUUAUUGUACUUAGGGCGGUGUCCACACUGUGGAGCUCAAACGCUUCAAACAAUUUCGUCAUUCUGUGAGUUGCCCAGAGUACCUCAGAUCGUUAAAUUAUUAGCCGUAAAACUGACAAAAGGAGCACUAAUAAUUUUAUUGUUCCAUGUGGUCUUGAGACUAUGUACAUGGAGUAAGUUAAUUUCUCUUACAUAGCGAAAAUAAUAACGUGAUUGUGGAUUCUAUGACAGUUUGGUCUGUAUGUCGCUGGCAAUAUAUAUGUAUAACUACACUCUUUCAGAGGACUGGCUGUUUGUUAACCUUAAUAAAUCUAUGAUUAAGACUUUCAGAAUGCCAAAGUGUAACUAUGUGUGUUGACUUUCAAAAAAAUGGAAUGUUUUUUGUUUUUGAAGCUAUAUCAUUAUACCAUAAAUAUGCCAUAGUUACUGGACUCUUUUUAAGUUGAGAUAUUUUUAUUCUGGUUCACAUUCCUAUAAAUGUUCAACAUUCACAAGGUCACAUUAAAGUCUGCCAAAAGAAUAAUAUAUAUACUUUAACUAUUUUUAAAGAUAUUGUAGUGAUAAAUGAGGGAAAAAAAACGUUAUUUUUAUGAAUCGGCAAUAAAAUAUCUUUUAGGACUCUCUCAUUCGGUCCAUUUUGGUUUUAAUCAUUUCAAGUAUUGUCGCCGCAUUUUAAAAAAUCAAAUCCAAAUUCUUCCAAGAGGGACACUUAAAAUGGUUAAAACGUUGGAUUUUUACAGCAGAGCCCAACAACAUUUAUGAUGAAGCUGAAAUCGGAAAAAUUCCAAUGAUUCAGAUUGAAUUUUCGGAUUUGACUGAUCUGCCCGGUAAAAGUCGCCAUGACGUUGUACUUUUCUCUGUGUUCUAUCAUACUUUUCGGUGCGACGAGGGAUACAUAUUGUUUGAGAGAGAAAAAAUGGAACUGAAAACAGCAAGUGAAGUGAUUUGUGUUCUAUCCUAGCUGUGCCGCUUAACGAUUUCAAAAUCAUGGAUGUCGUUGAUCUCUACAGUAUCAAAAUUUUUCAUAUUUUCGUACGGAUUCUGUGAUCAGUGACCAGACUUGAUAAUAGCAGCACUAAUCUGACAUCUGAUCAUUGCAUAAAUAAGUAACUCAACAGAGAAGCAUUCGGGUGUCUGUUGACGUUUGGUAUGGUCUUGCCCGCAAUAUCUAAUGAUUGAAAUUGACGUGUGGGAGACAACGACGACAUUGUGUGCAAUUAUUACUAUCUCACUUCAAUAUACGGUAUCAAGACCAUCUUGACGUGAUUUGACUCGAUGUUUAUUCUACUUGCAAUAUCAAAUAGCGAAUAUCAGUGACAGUACAUAAUUUCUAUCAAAACACAACACAUACACGCCUGCCGCUUAUUAGAUGAAACAAAAUAGUAGCAAUGUUCACCAUAUUCAAUAAUACCAAAAUGAUGUGCCUCUUGACUAUUAUUGUUGUAUUAAACGUACAUAUAUAACAAUGAUAAAUCUCUUAAAAUUAAGGAAUAAAAGAACUCGUGACCUGCUUGGUCUCAUUAUCCCAUAUAAAUGUCGUACAGACCUAAGCUUUAAACUAAAUGUGAGGUAAAAGUAGUUUGAUAUUAACUUGGAUUAUUAUUUAUUCAGUUUGUAAUUGACGUCAAGAUGCCUUAAAGAAACUGAAUAAAUUCUCAUGUAUCCCGAAAGAAUUUUUUACAAUAUUUUUAUAGGACAAUUGAAUGAUAAAAACAAACUUGUAUGGAUAUAGCAUGAACCAUAGUCAGCCUACCAAAAAAAUUACACUGUCUGAUCUAAGUCUUAAAUCGGUUGGUGGGUAUAGUUUUACGAUAGUUUACUUAAAUUAAACAUAUUGUUACUUAAUGGCAGCAUUUUUGUCAAAUUAGUAUUACAAUAGUUGUGUCAUACAACGUGCAAUACUUUUUCCUCUUUAUUUCCAAGUAUUAUUUUUACCAAUUAUGCUUUCGUUUUCUAGUUUCUAAAUGUUGAGUGCAGUUUCGUUGGGUUUCUGAGAGAAAUAUAUUCAUAUUAUUAUCGGAAUGCCAAAGUAUGGCAAGGUAUUUUUAGUUAAUCAAAAACUAUAUUCAUACAUACUAUAUAAUUAUUGAUAUCACGUUUAUAGUUUUAUGAAAAAAUUUGCUUCUCAACUGAGAUUCAUCUGACACACCAUAAGAACAAGCUUGAAUAGUUUCUCUGUAGCAUUACACAUGAGAUGUAUUUGAAUCUUGAGUUGUAAAUCCGAAUGCUUGAAGUUAAAAAAGUUGAGAUGCAGAUUAUUUCUUAGAUUUUUUUUCAGUGUUUCCAGAAUUUUCCUAAAAACUGCACAUUGAUUUCUUGCCAUUCUCUAAUUGUAACUCAUCAAAUACCAAAGACGUGAAGUGUCAUAUGUAUGUUUGUUUAAAUUAAAAAAAGAAAUCUAUCACUCUUAUCUUUCCGCCAAAAUCUUCCAUCAGAGGUUGUGAUAGUCGAGUUUAUUUAGUGCUUUUUUAUUCCACUGAGCUACACUUUAUUUUAAUAACGUUCUCUUUAUCAAGACUCCUUUUCACCACUUUUAUUUGUUAGACCUAAAUAAAAGGGUAUACUCUUCGAGUUUUCAUUGGAAAGCCUUAAAAUGUCAAACUAUAGCAAUACCUUGACAUUUGAACGGGUUGACCAACAAAAUUCGUGUGUUAUGCACAAACUGAAGUGCCUAUAUAUGUGCAAUUUAAAAGUAUAGGGCCUGACUCUUAGACAGGGUUAUAAACAUUUAGGCAAAUCGAACGGUCAGGAAAACAAACCAAAAAUACUAAGGUCCAGCCCCACCAUGUUGUAUAAAUUCAAAUUAGUAAUUUAUCGUAGUACUUACAAGACGUACAGUUCGAUUUGUAUGAACUACAUGAGCAAGUAUACCUGUGUUCUGUCAAAUCGAUAUUUUUAUAUGAGAAAGAACAUACUGUUUUCUUUUACUAUAACUACCUGCUCAUGUAACGUGGGGUUAAAUUCCACUGAAUGUAGAACUUCGUACAGCUAGUUGACAAAAUAUGGUACACUGGCAACACUUGAUACUACCAUACCUGACGCACCAACUAACUGAUAUAGAUUCAACUAAGAGUAGAGCCCUUCCCGAUAUACAGUAAAGUAUGAAGUAACAGUGGUUGCUUUUAUAGAAACGUUGAGAUUCUCAAAAAUCAUGAAAAUGUUAUCUAUCAGUCACAUACUAUUGGAAAAGGACAAUUUUAAAUAAAUGUGACUUUUUUUUUCAUCCCCCAUUUUUGUUCCAAUGCUUACUGGAUAUGAUACUUCUUUUACAUACUCCAAAAUUUAAUGCUGUCUAAACUGUCGUCUAUAGCUUUUCACAGUUCAUCUAUGCACAAAUAAAAUCAUUUAUUUAUAGUGUCUAUAAUAUCGCACAAAAUAUCAAUCAGAUUUUAUUUUUCACUCAUAAUUUCGUGAAAAUUUUUUAUCAGAUUUUUUCUAGGGUUGGUGACUACCAGCUUAAUACUAGCUUUCCCUUAUUUAAUACUUCAAUAAUACCGACCGCAUUGUUACAUUGUUGCCAUCUGUUCUACAUUUGUUGUCAAAAGUCUAACUGUACAAAGUUUAUUGAGGUAUUGAUUUUUCGAUCUCUUGCAAAUGAGAUUCAAGCUAGCUGGGUACUGCCAAUUUGUAAAAAGAUUUAAAUGAAACUUAUGUAUGUCCUAUGUAAAGAGUUUAAAAGUAGGUUAAUAAAAUACCUUAAAACAUGCUGUGUUGAAGCUAACCAAUGAAUGAUGCAUAGCAUAAGGGUAGCCACACUGUGGGGUAGUAGUGAAAAAAAAAAGAUCGUGUUAGGCCCUCUGUCUCUCAGGUGUAGACUUAUUAUUACUGUUAGAUUUAUAAGACUUUACAGGUUUUUAUUCAGUUUUACAUUCCUUUUGAAUAAGCAUUAUAUUUAUUGAUUAAUUUAUUUUUCAAACAAGUUAUUUGUUCUCAUCUCGAUACUCAAAAAGACACACCGAGUCCCGUCAGCGGGUACAUGUCAGAUGUUUUUUGAAAUGUGAUUUGACACCAUAACCUUUAAAACUUUUUAAGGGUGAUUUGUUUCAUAUAUGAUACAGCAUUGUAUUUUUAUGCUAAAAUUGCAUUUAGAGAAAAUUAAAUACGUUUUGUCGUUAGAGGUGAAAUCACAUGAAAUUUACGUUAUCCAACCAAUCAUUAUACAAUCUUUCGAACUUCCAAUUCAUUUUUUCAGUGUGCUUCAAAUUCAGAAAUAAUUAACUCAUGGCAACAUUGCCAAUUCUACUGUACCCUUCUUUUCAACGACAGUUCAAUGCUAUAGUUACAGUGUAAUCAUAGAUUUUAAUAUAGGACUUAAUUUUCUGCAGUACUCAUCAUGUUCACUUUAAGAUUGCUGUUUCAAUUAUGUGCCAAAUAUUCGGACCACGUUUAUGUAUACCAAUACGGUACUGUUAAACAUACCUAAGUAAAUGGAGCGUAUCAUUCUUGAAACAAAAGCUUUUGAAAAGUGUUCCAAUCAUUUGUUGAACGUAAUAACUCGUUUGUGAUAUUUGAAACAUAACCUAUCUGACAUGAGACCAGAAUGACUGGCCAGAGAGUGGGUGUCAGUUUUCGUUAGAUUGGAUCUAUCAAAAAUAAAAUUGCCUUAUAUAUUGACAAGAAGUGUGCUCUCUGUAUAGAAUAUAUAUAUAUAUAAGCUAGGUUUACGAGAAUGGUUUAGAGCCAUAAAAUGGCUGAGAUAGAAUGUAGGGCUAUCAGGUUAUUGAAGUAACCGUUCGAGUAGACAUUUGAUAAGAAUUGUAGUUAAGUACUCAUCUACUUGUCAAACUUUGGUCCUGAAGUGAAAAAAACUGUUAUAUCUAGCAGCUCGUAUGAGGACACCAAACUAGGAUUGCAUCCUAAUAAAUACGUACCAGAGUGGUGACUUAGCUUUGUUUUUAUCUGAAAUAGUAUGGCAGAGUAACACAAAAUUAAAAAAACAUUAUGUAGUCAGGCAGCUAUUGAGAGUUCAAUUUUUAUAUUUAAAGUUCCAUAAAAAUAAUUACACAUAUGCCAAAAAUGCACCCAAGAGUAUUAGCUAGUCAUAUUCCUGACCUUUAACAAGUCUGAUAUAUUUUAGAACCGAAUAUUCUAAGUUUUUAUCUUUGGCAGUCGGUAAAUCUCUUGUCUACUCGAAGGUCGAUUCAGAGAAACAUUGCAUCUAGGUAAUAUUAUAAUACUAAUGCACAGGUUAGUUAGGAUGUUAAAGAGAACACACAUGGUCCAUACGAAAGGUGCUCUUAAUGAAAAAAGUCAGUAAGCGCUUUGUUUUUGAUUUCUGUGCAUCAAUAAGAAUCUCUCAAUACAUUAUCUUGAAUAAUAAACGACGCCAAAAAAUACAUAAGUCGUCCGGAAUUACCAAAAAAUUUGAAUGAAUAUUGGACAGAGAUACUAUAGGCAAACAGACUCUUUCACCAUCUAAUAUGAAAUGCAUUCCAAAUAGUGGUUCUCUUCUCUGUCCAACGUUAUAUAUAUAUGUAUGAAAAGACGGAUUUAGAUGAAAUUAUGAACGUGCCAAAAUUGUUUGCUUAAAAAACUUUUGCUCACAACGAUCCGUAUACAUACACGGGUCGCAUACGCUUACUUGCUGUGUAUAUUAACUUAUAAAUGCAAUAUAUAUGUGUAUAUAUUGGCUGAAUUUGUACAAUUGUUAUAAUUUCAUAGUAUAUAUAAUGUAAAAUACUUAAUAUAGGUUAGUCAAUGUGUUAUUAUAUAUUUAAGAAAAAAAACAUAGUAUUAAAUGAAUCAAAGAAAAUAUAAAUAAAACUUGGCUGGUAAGGUUCAUGAUAUAUCCACAAGUGAAACUUUUCUCCAAACAUCUGGCUUUGGCUUUAUAUUUGAUUGUAGCAUGCAUAGAUUUAUUCUAUUUAGUCGGUUUUGGGUUGAUUAUUAUACAUAAUAUGCUAUACUUGUGUUAACUUUAUUUGCUUUAAAAAUGUUUUGCUUUGCAGUUUCUCAACAAUUAUUUAUAUGGGUUUGAAAAUCGGAUUAGAACUUUCGAUUUCAUAGUACUUUGUUUACAUUUUACUGCCAGAACUGAAAAUUCCAAGAGAAUGCCCGCUUUUAAUACCAAUCGGGUCUAGUCAACACAAAAGGAUUUCUUACUGAUUCCGAUACGAGAUUCUGGAUAUAACUUUUUAUGAAACUUGUAUUCAGAAACUUUUUUCACUAUCACUUUAUGAAAAUUUCUAGCAAAACUGAUGAAAAAUGUCUAUGAUCCGCAUCAUGAUUGUUUUUUAAAUCGCCUCGGCUUAAUCCUCUUCGACAAAGCGGGCAAUCUCGCUUUAUUGAUUUGUGAUAAUUAAUUAUGUUUGUGAUAUGAUAAACACGUAUAAGAUAAUUUUUAAAUAUAUAGAUAUGAUGUUUGCAAAAUUAGUUUCUAUUGUAAAAUGUAAACAAAAAACCUGUUACCAUUACCGAAUAGCAUCACAUGACUUAGAAUUUUUUGUGUUGUAACAAAUGGCCUAACAAGUUCCCUCCUUAAUCUUCUAGUCCAACAUUGCCUGAACAGUUAUUCCAUUCUUAUAGCAUUUUAUUUAUUGUAUAUGUUGAGUUGUUAAAGAUAAAAAAAAGAACAGAAGUGUCAUCAUCUUAGGGCUAUUAGUCAUUUUUUGUUCGUUCGAGAGUGGUUUUUGUUAUUUAAAAAAUAGAAUAUUACUCCAAUUCUUAAUUUGCCUAGUGAUCGUCUAUUUGACUGAGUUGAUUUACCUGUACCUUAUGGUUGUGUUAAUAGAAAUUUAUUUUUCCGUUCACAUAAAAACUGUAUUAGUAUCUAUUGAAUCAUAGUUUUCGGAUAAGGCAAUAUUUAUCAAUGCUUCGAUAUGGAUCCGGCGAGACAUACUGUCAAAGAAACUAAAAAAUUGGUUCUUAUUUCUUUGGCAAUGUCUUGUGCUGAAAUCCAAGCUCUUUUCCUUCAUUAACAGAUCCUAAUAUGUGAUAAUGCUGACAAUUUAUUAAAAAAUAUCGCAUCUAUGCUACCUUUAUAGUUACAUCACUGAGAUUAGUGACAAUGUAUAUCGUACGACUGUUCAAUUAUAAAAACACUAAAUGAGAAGUACAUUGUUUACUGAGAACACAAGGAUUAUGUUAAACACUAAAGGUUCUAACUUGUAAUAAAAGUAUUACAUUGUUGAAAACUAGCUGAAGGUUUUCUCAAUAUGGCAUGUCAACUGUUUUCAAUGUGCAUAUUGAUCAUCAUCGAACGCUUUUUGUAAAGGUUGUAAUAGCCAAGUUAGAACUAGGUGAUGGUUGGAUAAAUGUUAAAAUAUGGACGUCUUCAGUGAAAAAAUGGUACGCAUUGAUGUCAGCUAGGUCUGAUCUGAAUUUAUACGUGUGAAUCUCUGAGAAAUCGAUUAUUGAUCGAUUUUGGGAGGGUUAACUCAGGGGACCAGGCCGCGAAGUCACGGUGAUAUCAAACUUAGACAAAAACUAAGAAAAUCAAAUUGACAUGUACUACACCCUUCAUAUAUACCACAUAAAAAUACAUUUCAAUAAUAUAUUGUAAGAUUUCAAAUGUAUGUUGUAGAAAAACUAUUAAAAAAACUGUAUAAGCUGAAAAAUAUAUAUAAAAAAAUAUACUACCCGACUGCACUGUUCUAUUACAUCUUUAUUCUAAAUUUUAAUAAUAAAUUACGCCUAUAGUCCAAUCAUGUCUACCGAUUUUUACAUAUAAAACACAAACAGUGCAGAUGGGCACCUAGGAUAUAAGUUAGGAUAUGUGCUUUUGAACAACAGAUUGUUGUUUUGCUCUGUACUUGUAACCCAAAUGACCAGUAUGCGUUCAGUAAUAAAGGUUGUCUUAAAUGUAA